AGAGAGAGAGAGAGAGAGAGAGAGAGAGAGAGAGAGAGAGAGAGAGAGAGAGAGAGAGAGAGAGAGAGAGAGAGAGAGAGAGAGAGAGAGAGAGAGAGAGAGAGAGAGAGAGAGAGAGAGAGAGAGGAGAGAAAGCGUUGUAAUCCCAGAGUAAAUAGAUGCAAGACUGUGUUUGAGAGAGAGAGAGAGAGAGAGAGAGAGAGAGAGAGAGAGAGAGAGAGAGAGAGAGAGAGAGAGAGAGAGAGAGAGAGAGAGAGAGAGAGAGAGAGAGAGAGAGAGAGAGAGAGAGAGAGAGAGAGAGAGUAG